AGUGAGGGCAAGUGAUUAGCUGCCAUUUCCUUGAGAGAGGGAGUGGAUCUGCUCAUAAGGACACUCUGGUGUUUCAUGUUUCACCACCCAGCCAGUAUAUUAGCUUUGAACUCAUCUAGAUCUCACUUAGUCUGGCACAGCAGAAACGGAGAGGAGGAGGAGAAACCGUUCUUUGCCAUGAGUCGUUACAGUUUCUCCAACCUUCUGGACUGGAUGUAUGGUGGAGUGGACCCGAGCUUUGAAGGUAAUGGGGGUCCUGAAUGUGCCGCCUUCCUCCCAUGGCAACAGCGUCUGGUGGAGAGCCUAAUUUUUCUCAGUGUGGGAGUUCUGGAGAUUGUGGUCUCACUGCAAAGGAUUAAACGAUCCCACUCCAGGGAGUUGGGAAAUCUGCUGGCUCAGUCUCGGAACAAAGAGGAAAGCUUGGGGAAAAACCUCUUGCUGGUGUCCCUCUGCCUCACUUUUGGAUUGGAAUUGGGGUUCAAGUUUGCUUCCAAGACUGUCAUCUACUUGAUGAAUCCCUGUCACGUGGUCACUAUGUUGCAGAUUUUCCUGCUUGCGUGUCCUCCCUGCCACCUUGCAAUGGUUGUCUUCAGAUUAAUGAUGAUCUUCAUUAAUAAGAUUGUUAUGGCUUUAUGCUUCCCUUUUUUUCUCCCUCAGCUACCUUUUGAAUUGGAGGUUUAUUACAUCCAGCAUGUCAUGCUGUACGUUGUUCCCGUCUACCUGCUACGGAAAAGAGGUAUCUACACCCCUGAACCACCUAGCGAUUUCUGGUGGGCUCUGCUGUCCACUGGACUGAUGUUCGUCUAUCACUUCAGCAUCUUACAAAUUCUGGGACUGGUCACACAAGUGAACUUGAACAACAUGCUGUGCCCUGCCAUCUCCGAUCCUUUCUACGGCCCCUGGUAUAGAAUCUGGGCAUCCGGCCACCAGACAAUCAUGACGAUGGUUCAUGGGAAACUCAUAACCACGGUCUUCUACGGUGCUGUUCCUGUCCUCAAAUUCUGCAUGGAUUUGCUUCGACUCCCAGCUAAGAAAAUGUCUUGACUCUUCUCCAGAGAGGAAAGUGCUUGCAGGCGGCAGAAAAGAACGGGGGUUUUGGUUUCUGUGCUGGAGAAGAAAGGGACGGGCCAGGGGCCACACAUUAGCGGUCCCUCCCGUUAAGAAGGGAGGCGUUCUUCCCGUCACCCUGACUGCUGUCUUCACUGCCCAUUGCCAAUGGCGAAACUUGUGGCCUUACCCAAGGAGAGGGUGAUAUUUAUUUGGUGUACAAUUUGUAAUCUUGACAAUAGAAUCUUGGACCUUUUUUUUAGCCUGAAGGAUUUCAGGGUUUCCUCACCUCUUGCGACCCAGUAAAGGGCCUCCUUUGAUACGAUUACUUUUACCAGCUAUCCUGUGUGUGUGUGUGUAUUUAAAUUUGCCAAUUUAAAGUAUAGGAAGUCAAACAGAUAGGAAGGUCACUCUGUCCCACCUUGUGGGCACUCACCACUUGCAGAGGGCAGGUGUUGCCUUCCCCCCAGGGCUUCCUUUUGCCCACAGCCGUUUCUGCAGUUGUUUUGUUUCAGGGGGUGGGGGUGGGGGAGGCUCUGCUCUGCUCUGCUCCAAGCUGGUUGAAACAGUGGGGAACAAGAGGGGGAAGGUCCUCUCUGGAAAUGGCCUCCCUCGGCUGCUGUGGAUUCUGCUCCACUUUGCUCAACUCCCACCAUAUCCGGUAGUCCAGGGAC